AAUCCCCAACAAAAUGAUGCCACUUGAAAACGCCUCCUCUUCUCCGCUUUGCAAAAUCACAUCCAUUCAUGGCCUCUGCUUUUUUCUCUUCUCCCCAAACUACCCUCAGCAACUCCACUAUUUACCACAGCAGCAGUAGAAACAUCCAUCUCUUUACGAGACUCAGCCCUCCUCAGAAGCCGACACGUGUCCCCUGCUCGCUCUCCAUCGCCAAAUCCCCUUUCCCAGCAAAACCCAACAACGAAAUCAAGUUCUCAGAGAAAUGGAGGAGCAGAGUCUCUUUCUUCCCUUCCUUCCUCAAGAAGAAAGGCAAGGACAGGGAGACCAUGAAAGAGGAGCUCCUGGAGGCGAUCUCAGCCCUUGAUCGCGGCGCCGAGGCCACUCCCGAUAAUCAAGAGCGAGUCGACCAGAUUGCCCGUGAACUGGAAGCAGUAAAUACCAUAAAGGAACCACUCAAAUCUAAUUUUCUGAAUGGAAAAUGGGAGCUGAUAUAUACGACUUCGAGAUCAAUUUUGCAAAGCCAGAGGCCAAAGUUCUUACGACCGAAUGGAAAAAUUUACCAAGCAAUCAACGCGGAUACACUGAGAGCCCAAAAUAUGGAAACUUGGCCUUAUUUCAAUCAGGUAACAGCAAACUUAGUACCUCUCUCUUCAACAAAGGUGGCUGUUAAAUUUGAUACUUUCAAAAUUGCUGGUUUGAUACCCAUUAAAGCGCCCGGAAGAGCUCGUGGCGAACUAGAAAUCACAUAUCUGGACGAAGAGUUGCGAAUCUCCAGGGGCGACAAAGGGAACUUGUUCAUUUUGAAAAUGGUGGACCCAUCAUAUAGAGUCCCGCUGUAAGUUGAAAGAUACAUGGAUAUGAAAGCAUUGUAAUUGAGUGUGGUUACUCAGAUUUCUUUGUACAAAUUCAGAAAAAUUUCUGUUAGUUUUGCAUGGAGAGCAGUUUCCAUCUUCUCUGGAAUAUGUAAUUCGAAGAGGGAUGUUGUGGGCCACAACAAACUUCUCCAAUGCAAUUUUUACAAUUUGUAAUAUCCAUUUAGAACAAAUAUACGAGUUAUUUA